GGCCACGGAUGGCCAACCAAAAUAUGCUUUAGGCGCCAUCGGCAUGGCAUAAAUGCAGAUCCAGAACGUUUCAGAUGAGAUAGCUUCAGCGAUCCACACCCUUCUGCAGCCUCCAAAACCUCAGCGUUCUGCUGAAGCAAUGGUCGUGCUCGCUUCCCUCCGCGGACAGCCCCGUUCAGGAGUUUCGAGCUCAGACUUCUCUCAAGAAAAGGCCAAUACCUGUGAAUUGUUCGACCGCGCCAUCAAAGCUCUCGAGCAAGACGGCUUUUGUACGUCCAAUGGUCACGUCCCGCAUCACCGUGACACAGCCAGUCCUGUCAACGAUGACUUGGAUAUGCAUGUUGAAAUUGCACGGCUUUAACAAGAGUCUCGACAGGACAACGUGGGCCCUUAAGGAGGCGCUGAGGCUUGGCGAGGCGAACGGAC